AUGGAAGCAAGCGGUCGUGUUGCAUCACAGAAUCUCUUAUGUAACCAUAACCGUAGUACUAGCGCUAAUUUUGGUAGCAAAAAUGAUAAUAUUAGUAAAGUUGGGCAAAUUUCUAGUAGUGGUUAUGAAGGAAGUUCUGAGGAUACACAGAAAUUUUUCAAACGAAAUCCCGUAAAUGUUCCUUAUGAUCGUCGUCGUUCACGUUCGUGGCAACGUCAUAAGCAACAAUUAGAACGACCAAGACUUCAGCAAAAUUUACCACCGGUAUAUCGCGGAAGGCGAUGGCGUCGUCGAUUAAUACAAAAGCAAGGUCGUCUGAAUAGUACUAGCAAUGCACCACCAACUACUCCAGCUAAUACAUCCACUAAGAGUAAUCUUAAUACUAAUGUAAAUUUGCCUCAUCAUCAACAACAACAACAACGAUGGAAUUCAAAACCUAUCUCAACAAGUGGUAAGGAGUUGAAGGAAAAAUUUGAGCUAACAGGCGAAAAACUUCAACAGCAGCAACAGAAGCAACACGACCGGAAUACUGAUGGAUCACUUAAUGAAAUAAAAUCUGAUAGUAUAGUCAAAACAUGCGUCACUAAUGCUAAUAUUAAAUUAACCUUUCAAGUACAAUUAGCUCAUGGUAGUCCAACUGGUAUCAUUAGUGACUUUAACAGCAUUGCUCAACUUUAUCAGGCGAUAGCAAAUUGUUAUGAUGAGGUCAGUGUGGAUGAUAUUUUAUUUUGCACAAUUAAUACGCAUCGAAUUUCAAUGGAUGCUUUGCUUUCCUCAACUAUUAAUAUCAACGAUUUCAUUUUUGCACAUAUUGCGGGACAGAAGAAAGAAGUAACAUUGAUCAAAACUGAAAAAGCGUUAGGUCUGACAAUAACAGAUAAUGGAGCAGGAAAAGCAUUUAUCAAACGGAUCUUCCCUGAUACCAUAACUUCAAAAGCAAAACCAGCACUUCAGGUGGGUGAUUUCAUUGAAAAAAUAAACAACGAAAGUAUGGUUGGACGAAAACAUUUUGAUGUUGCUCGGUGUUUACGUGCAUUACCUACUGGUUCAACAUUCACAAUGCGAUUGGUUGAACCAAAACGAACAGGGUUUAAUUUUAUAGCUUCUUAUAGUAUGCCAAAGCGCAUGCGUUCAAUUUUGGAUAGAAAUGAAACAAUACGAUUUAAAGCUGAUGGAACGGUAAUUGUGCAGGAGAUGCCGAAUGCAUUGAUAAUUAAUAAGAUAAAUGAUAUAUUCGAUUCAUAUUUCGGUUUCCACGACAAUGAAUUAGCACAAACAAUAUGGGAAAUGAUUUCAUCUUGCAAAAAUUUUGAUGACCUUAAAAAUAUUUUAAUGGAGUCAGAGAUAAAAGAUUUCAAUUUUCCAACAGAACUAUAUUUUGAUCUGUGGGGUUCAGUGGAUGAUUACCGAAAUGGUCGCCUGGGAAAAAUUGAGAUGCCUAUGGGGAAAACUGCUGCUGAUAAAAAAUUAUUAACGGAACAAAAACUUUGA